AUGAGUAAUAUUCAAGAUGAUGUUAAUAUGCAAGAAAUAUUGGAACUAGCAAAACUUUUGCGUCAAAAUGGAGAUAAAGUAUUAAAUGCUUUGAGCAAACUUUCUUUGUCCACUACAUUGCUACAUAAUUUAAAUGAAGCUUUCUCUUUAAUUGUGAAUGGUCCUGAAGAUUUAGAAGUUUCAUUUCAAGUAUGCAAUAACUCAAGAAGUGAGACAUUUCAUGUCCUAAAAUUUUUACAUGAUUUUGUACAAAAAACAAUUAGAUUAAAAGUCAUACAUUGUCCAAAAAAUCCCGACAUCCCUGUAGAUAUUACCAAAUUCAGACAUCUGAAGUAUCUAGAAUUAAGGAAAGUUAACAUUGGUUCUGUAAAAGGACUCAGAAGUGUCAGAGGUCAACUUGAAAGUAUUAUCUGUGUUGGUCAAAAAGGAGUUUGUACUGUGGGACAAUUGUUAGUUAAUUGUGGUGGAGAUGCUGGUAUUGGAUUUGUAUGGGCUUGUUUGAAAUAUUUGACAUUGUCAUAUAAUGCUCUUGAUAAAUUGGAUACAUCAUUGGAAUUAGCACCUUGGCUGCAAAUGAUAGAUUUGAGUCAUAACUUGAUAACAUCUGCAGAUGAAUUAAGUUGUUUACCUCACUUACAAUAUGUGAAUCUUGGGUACAAUAAACUUGAAGCAAUACCUACCUUUAAUAAAGCUGCAUCAUAUACUUUACUAGUACUAGUUCUGAAGAAUAAUUAUAUAGAAAAUUUAAAUGGUUUGCAACAUUUGAAAUGUUUAAAAGAAUUAGAUUUAUCAUACAAUUGUUUAAUACAACAUUGUACAUUGUGGCCUUUAGAAAAAAUGUCUGCUUUAUUAUGGAUUUCUGUAGAAGGCAAUCCUUUAUCAUAUCAUCCGAAACAUCGAUUGUUAUGUAUAAAGUAUUUACAUACAUGUUUAUGUGAUAGCAAGUUUGUUUUAGAUAAUGUGCCACUUUCAAAAUCGGAGAAACAAAAUAUUGCAAAAAACCGACUUUUCACGGUCAGAUCUGAACAGUCUGCAUCGAGUAAAUUUUCUCUCUCAAUGUUAAAUUCCUUAAAUUCUGAAACCUUAUCUGCGUCUACUAAUGCGCCUUCCGUUAGUGAAUUUGUAGCAGGGACGUCUACAGAUGGGACAAGCAUUUUUGAAAGAAGUUCAGUUAAAAAUAUAAAAAAAUCGAAUAUGAAAGAAGCUGUCAUCAUAGAUGAUGAGCAAGAUACUCAUGAAUUAACAGCAGAUUCUGGAACUUCAAAAGACCAUUUAGAAACGAAGGAACAAAUUUUAGAAUUGCGAGAAAAAUAUGGAGAGGAUAAAUGGUUAAGUAGUUAUGCAGGGACGUUUGUUCAAAAUAUUAUGGGAUUACCUUUGUCAUCUACCGUAUUAACGCCAGAAUGUACUAUGAAACAUUUAGACGGUACAAAUAUCGUUCUAAAUAUCCAAGAUUCUUCGAUUCUUCUAAUGGAAAAUGCACAAAUCGAAACGAACAAAGAUUCUAAAUCUUUGACAAAAGAAAAUAGCGAAAUUAGUCAUGAGGAAGAAGACCAAAGUAAAGUAUUAAAUGAAGAGAAUAUUUCUGAAACUCCAUUAACCGAUGAUUUAGUAAGCGCUCCUGAGAGUGGACUUGAGGCUUUGUAUAAUCCAAAGGAAGAAACUGGUAACUUGUAUCAAGUUGUUGUAAAGAAAAAUGAGAACGAGCUAGAAAAUUUAUUCUUAAUAAUAACAACAGACGAAAUUAAAGAAAAGGAUGCAAUUACUGGAAAGCUGAAGUAUUCUUGGUCAGCGAGUUCCGUAUUGUCUUGUGUACUAAACAGAAGUGAACCAAUCUCAGUGGAUAUAAUUUUCGACACAGUCCGAGAAAUUGGUAAAAAUAGAAGAUAUUUCGUAGAACCAUAUAUUGCAAAGGAAAUAGUAAGUGUAAUUAGCGAGAGGAUGAAGAUAAGAUCGACAUUGUUGAAAGUUUUUAAAUGUAUGAAAUGUUCGACUCAUUUCUCUCAAGACUUUGAACACUUUACUGUUAAAAGUUUAUCUUUAUUAGGUACAAAGCAGCUGAAAUGUCCUACCUGUGAAAGUACCUUAGUCAUAGAAACAGAUGAACUAUCACCUCUGGAUGCAGAAAAUGAUAUUUCUGAAGGUUCAUUGGAAUGCUUGACGAAAAAUCAGUAUUCGGAAAAUACAGUAAAGCCUAAUCUUCAACAUUCAGAAUCUUUUUCUAGUAUUGGUGGAACGGAGGGUGGAGCUAUAUCCGUCACCACUUCUCUGGUGCACUCCGAAUCUCACACCCAAGCUCAAGUCUGCUGUUCUGCAACAAGCUUGGAUGAAUCAAGGGAAUCUACACCAUCUGCAAACACGUUAAGCAAGAAAUAUGAAAGUGACAUAGAAGUACUUAGCAACCCAAGUCAAAGUAGUAUUGAGGUUUUGGAUGAUGCAUCAAGAACUCAUCUUACACCGCAUAGAAAACGUUCUUCGGAGGAAAGACGUACUGCAGUUGCUCCAUCCCUUUUAACCAUACCAGAUGCAGCACCAAUUAUGACUGGUUUAACCGAGAGUAGCUCUUCAGGUUCAUUAACGGAUAGUAUUUGUACCGCGUACGAAAAUAAGAUAAUUAAGCAAGUUAAUGCAGAUGAAAAAUCCCUUAAUAGUAACGAUAAAGAGAUGAAAUUUACACCUGUAACAAACUUAACGUCUAUGUUAGGUGGAUUACUUCAGAGCAUAAAAAUUGGUAGUAAUAAACCGCUAAUGUUGAAAGCGGAAGAAGCGCCGCAUUUCCUGUGCAGUGAUAUUCAGUAUUCUUAUACAGAUUUUAGCAGUUUAGAUCAUAGAAUAAAGUUGCAUAUCAUUUUGAACAUAUUCGAACAUGAAAAGGAAGAACUUGUUUUUCUUCUUAGGGCAGAAAUUCUAAUGCAAAAUACGAAUGAUACGUUUCCGGGUUGCUUGGUUUUGUCUACAUCAAAAGUAUAUGUUCUCAAAAUCGAUGGAUUAGAAGGAGAAGACCCACAACGUUGGUUGCAUAAAGAAAUUAGUUGGACAGUGGAUAGAUUAAGGUGUUUCGCUCCAUUACCAUUCAAACAAGGUCUUGUGAUUGAAUUGGAACAACCUAACAAAACGAACGAUGAACUAUACGCUGCAAUUACAUUUUUAUGUAUUCUACAAGACUAUCAGAGAACAUCUAACUUCUUAUUUUAUAUUAAUGAGUUAUCGUUACCACCUAAUUGCGAAGUCGAGUUCACAGUACCAGAACAUUGUACCACUUUGAUGCAUAGCAUAUUACAAAAUUGCAAAAACCAUCAAGAUGGAGACCCUAUGAGAUUACUCGCGUUAUUCUCUUCGGCUCUAUUAAAGUAUCAAAAUCUUGAAGACCAACUGAAAUUAUCUAGUUUAAUAGUGACUGCAUCUGUCUUGGUGAUAUGCAAUAUGCAAUGGCUGCUUUUGGGUAAUAAAGAUGCCCCAUGCGUAAUAAGGGAACAAGCUAUGAGUAAUUUGAUUGGUGUUGAACAUUAUAGUUCCUCACUGACUUUAAAAUUCUUGGACGAAGUAAUGGACCAAGAGGAAACGUGGAUUUUAAAUUUUGUUUCUGUAAGCGCUGCUGAAGCAGUCAUUCAUUCUAUACAAUCACCAUGGGAGGAAUUGUUCUCGAUUCCCCUACAAAUUACAGUUUGUAAGUCGCAAGAGAGCGAAAACGAGUAAAAAAACGU